GGCGCAUGCGCAGAAGUAUUCAAGAUGGCGGCGGUGGCGGGCGCGCGAGCUGUUUCUGUGGGUUCUGGCCUCCGGGGCCUGCGACGGACACUGCCUCUUGUAGUGAUUCUCGGGGCCACUGGCACCGGCAAAUCCACUCUGGCGUUGCAGCUAGGGCAGCAGCUUGGUGGCGAGAUCGUGAGCGCUGACUCCAUGCAGGUCUAUGAAGGCUUGGACAUCAUCACCAACAAAGUUUCUACCCAAGAUCAGAGAAUCUGCCAGCACCACAUGAUCAGCUUUGUGGAUCCUCUUGUGACAGAUUACACGGUGGUGGACUUCAGGAACAAGGCGACUGCUCUGAUUGAAGAUAUAUUUGCCCGAGACAAAAUUCCUAUUGUCGUGGGAGGAACAAAUUAUUACGUUGAGUCUCUGCUCUGGAAAGUUCUUGUCAAUACCAAGCCCCAGGGGAUGGACACUAUGAAAGUGAUGGACCGGAAAGUAGAACUUGAGAAGGAGGAUGGCCAUGCGCUUCAUAAACGCCUGAGCCAGGUGGAUCCAGAAAUGGCUGCCAAGCUGCACCCACAUGACAAGCGCAAAGUGGCCAGGAGCUUGCAAGUAUUUGAAGAAACAGGAAUCUCUCAUAGUGAAUUUCUUCAUCGACAACAUGCAGAGGAGGGUGGUGGCCCCCUUGGAGGCCCUCUGAAGUUCCCUAACCCUUGCAUCCUCUGGCUUCAUGCUGACCAGACAGUUCUAGAUGAGCGCUUGGAUAAGAGGGUAGAUGACAUGGUUGCUGCUGGGCUCCUGGAGGAACUAAGACAUUUUCACAGACACUACAAUCAGAAGAAAGUAGCUGAAAAUAGCCAGGACUAUCAACAUGGUAUCUUCCAGUCAAUUGGCUUCAAGGAAUUUCACGAGUUCCUGACCACUGAGGGAAAGUGCACACCAGAGACCAGUAACCAGCUCCUAAAGAAAGGUAUUGAGGCUCUGAAACAAGUGACUAAGAGAUACGCUAGGAAGCAAAACCGAUGGGUUAAAAACCGUUUCUUGAGCAGACCUGGUCCCAGUGUCCCUCCGGUGUAUGGCUUAGAGGUAUCUGAUGUCUCGAAGUGGGAGGAGUCUGUUCUUGAACCUGCUCUUGAAAUCGUGCAAAGUUUUAUCCAGGGCCAUAAGCCUGCAACCGCUCCGAUAAAGAUGCCGUGCAGUGAAACUGAGAACAAGAGAAGUUAUCAUAUGUGUGACCUCUGUGAUCGAAUUAUCAUUGGGGACCGAGAAUGGGCAGCACAUAUGAAAUCCAAAUCCCACUUGUACCAGCUGAAGAAAAGAAGCAGAUUGGACUCAGAUGCCCUCACCACCUUAGGAAGUCAGAGUAUUUCCCGAGAGCAUGACAAAGAGCUUAAAGAGAAGGGAUCCUCAGAGCAAAAUGAUCAAGAGCUGAAGUCCAGCAUUUAAGAGACAUGUCCAGUGCCUUUGCAAAGGUGGAGGGGAUCCACUUCAGAAGGGAGAGGUACGCGUGUCUCCCAGUCUGGGCUGAGCAGUGCUACACGGAAAACUACCACCAUUUUCUUCCAUUCAGAUGGUGUGGUUUUAAAGUCUCAUGUUCUCUGUCAUGGGGACAGCAGGUGCUUGUCAGCUUCUUUUGUGAUUGAUGUGUCUGGUAAUGAUGUAGUUCUGGAAAGGAUUUUUUUUUUUCUUUGAAUCUUAAAGGUUUUAUUUUUAAAAGAGGCAUAGAUUGCACUUUUUUACACUUGAGGAUUUUUUCAGUGGUGAAUAUCAGGAUUCACUGCAUCCCUAAAAGAAGUUUUAUGUCCCUGGCUUUGGCUAAAAAUACCAAAUUUCCAGACACUUUUAUAGGUGACUGAAGUAUUGUGAGCUACACAUCAGGAGUUCUGGAUUUGAGUGAAUGGCAGGAAAGAUCCAGCCCCCGUGAGAUGAUUAAGUGAACCAAAGUAGUUCUUGGAAUUUCUACAGAAAAGUCAGGACUCAGACCAAGGCGAUUGUGGACAUGGGGCUUGAGGACUAAAGACUUUGAAAUUUGUUCAACAGUUCCUGUGUGAUAAUCACUAUCACAACGAUCUAUUGAGUAAAGAAUCUAUAUUUUUAUUGAAAGUUAAAUAAAGGAAAAGUUUAUAAGAGCCUGUUCGGUCAUAUAUAUAUAUCUCCAUGUAUGGUUUAUACAUAAUGUGGUCUGUUGUCAAUACGAUAGCCUUUUCUCAAAUUUUACAUCUUCAUAUGUAAAUAUGUGUUUGUUGAGCACCUAGUAUAUUUCUGAAAGAUAUCCGAAGAGGGGUUUUAUUAGAGAUUUGGUUAUUUCCAGUUGAAGUCCUUUUUCUGGAGUGUCCUGAAUUGCCAGCAGUGUUAAGUAUAUUUUAUGUGUUCAGAAUCUACUAUAUGAGAGGCCCUGGUCCAGGCUAGAGGGAAUACAGAGCUGAAUGAGAUGUGGUUCUUACCUUCAGGGAGUUUGUAAAUAUUGUAUUUAUACACAACUAGUCUAGGUAAGAGAGUAUCAAAGGCCCUAAGAGCUGUGUAGAAUUUUACUUUGGAGGGGAGGGGGAAGGGUCAUGGCAGAAGGAACGUUUCUGGUGGACCUUUAAUUAAGAAGAAUUCUUGGUAAAUGUAUUGUCACCUAUUCAUAAAAGACUGCAUAGAGGAGAAGGUAGAGUAAAUGAACCAUCUAACUAGAUGGACCUUUUUAAAGGUGUUAAAUUCCAGAGGCUUGCCCACCUUUAACUGAUUUGAACCCCAAGAAUAAAUUUAUUCUCUAGUCAAAGAAGGGAUUAUCGUUGUAUCCACCCUAUCUUGUCCUUUACGUUAAACAUGGUAUAAUUUUUGUAAUCAGUGUAUUAACUUCUUGAGGAGGAGCUCCAAUGAGCUCCAAAAGUCACAUCUUCUACUGGGAGUGGAGAUAAGCACUACAGCGAGCCAGGCGGUACCAAGCGUUUCAUACACAGGAUCUUCUCACACAGCCCUUGGAGGGAGAUGGGGAAACUGAGACUAAGCAGAGCAGUACAGCUAGUAAGUGGCAGACUGGAAUUAAGGUGAGGCCAGUAGACAUAAGAGCUGGAGGUGACUGUUUUUAGGGAGGAACCUUAGUCACUCAAGUUGCUUAAUAUGUUUCAAAGCUUUAAAAAAAAAAAAAAGCUUCAGUGGAUGAGCAGGAAAAACCCGUUUUAAUAAUCCUACCUCAAAAAGCCUUUAAUCCUUUCAUCUGAAAUACCUGGAGCAGCAGCUUCUCAUUGAAGUCAUUGCAUCUCCAUGGCAAUUUAGAAAUCAGGAAUUCUUUGCAAAAAAAAUCAAAGUGCCCAAUAUUUAUGAUGUGCCUACUAUGUUCAAGGCACUGUGGUUGUGCCCACUGCCCCUAUUCUUAGAAACUGUAAAUUCAACAAGAUUUAAUUCCUUCACCAGCAGCAGAGAGGCUUAGGAAGGCAGAGAGCCCUCACUAGAAAUCUCCUUGGUGCUCUGGUCUCAGGCAUUGCCCUGAUACAGAUUUUUCCCUUCUGCCUGCAGUCCUUUGAAUGACUUUGCUGUUGAGUGUAGGGAAGGGAAGUAGUUCUGCCUAGUGAUUGUCAUAAAUGUAGAGCUGGAAGGGUCCUCAGCCCCUUCUUGUUCAGAUGGAGAAACUGGGCCCCAAAACAUGAAUGUUCCACAGUCUCAGAGCAAGUUGUGGCAAAGUCACGACAAACCUCAGCUCUCCCUCUCACUUGACUACUAAACACCAUACAAAUCUCAUUCAUUCAAGAGCUGGGAAGGACCAUAGGGACCAGAUUUGUGCUCUUUGCUCAGCCUGGAUUGAGGAUGAGGAAUGUUAUUUUGCAUCAUCUGGGCUCAGCUAAUGCCCAGACAAGCAGGAGCCCUUCAGUCCAGGUGCCGGGAGUCUCCAGUCCAUCAUACCAGCAGCGCUAUUGCAACGACUUUGGUAACUAAUUCCAACACUCAGGAAGCUUUUAGGUUCAUCUACCUCUGUCAGUGAACAUCUUGACUAGGCUUUAGAUACUUCGUAUAGUUCAGAGUAUAUAACUUUAAGUGGGUAGGACAUACUUUGAUUCUGAAAAGAGAACUAUAUUCUUAGUCUUAAAAAUAUUUUGUUUGAAUUCUAGGGCUAAGCAAGAGAACAGCUCCAUCUCUAUAGUCCAGGUAUGUGGUUUGAGCCUCUGUAACACUCAGUAAUUAUUUGUACUCUUAGCCUCAGUUCCACAUUAUACAAAGAAGAUUUUUCUGCUUAGAACAGACAACACAGCAUUAAGAACAUGUACACAUUAGAAAGCAAGCUAGAAGCAAAUAUUUGGUGAAUUAAUUGAAUGAAUGAAUAAAAGCUUAGAACAGUCUCUAUAUCCCUUUAACCAGGAUGAAGAAAUCUUGGGAUAGUAGGCACAGGAAGGAAUUUCAUUAUUUGAUUAUCACCUACUUGGGUGGUUAGGCCUGUUUUCUAAAAAGGUGGCUAACUGGUCUUUUUAAAAGCUGUUCUGAAUACGUACAGAGAAGGCUGCGUGGUUGUAUUAGGGCAAAAGGCUAAGCUACUGUAACAGAGACUCAGCAGUACAGUGGCUUGAAGAAAAAAUAGUUUUCUUUCUCACAUAAUAGCUCUGAGGGGAGUUGACAUUUUUGAAGUGAGCUGUACAGGGCAGUGGGCCAGCUCUGCUCCAAGCAGUCAUUCGGGGACAUAGGAUCCGUAUAUCACGUUGCAUGCUUCUUCAUCCUCUGGGGCAUUGUUAUCACCUACAUGGCUGAAGCUGGGUCAUCACUCUAGUUCCAGCCAAUGGGAAGGGGGAAAAACAUGGAGGAAGCACACCCAUUGCCUAAAGCCUAGACCCUGCCAUGGCACGCUUGGGAGAAGUUAGUCAUAUGGCCACACCUCCCAAGGGAGGCUGAGAAAUGUAGUCCAGCCAUGUGCCAAGAAAGACUGGGAGAACAGAUUUUGGUGGACAGUUUGCAGCCUGCACAUCAUGGAACGGGCAUUGGAUUGGAAACCAGAAGACCUGGGUUCUAGUCCAGGCUCGUUUAACUAAUUAGCUCUUUAGUUUACCAGGAGCAAAUCUUUCUAUUUACCCAUCUGUGAAAUUAUUGAGUUGUAUGAACUGACCUCUGAGAUAUUUCAAAAAGUAAAGCUUGACAAAAUCUUGGCUGGUGGGAUAAAGUAUUACAUGGAACAUGAGCCACUGGCUAAUACUGAGAAUGGUGAGGAGGAAAGAUGGAAGGUGUUUUGGUGGCCUUGUUGAAUAAUUUAACUAAUGACUAACUUCUUUUUAUGUGAAAAAAGUAACUCCUGUUGUACUUGCAGUUGAAUACUUCCUCCCUGUCCUACAUACCAGCUGUGUGACCUUGGGAAAAUUGCUUAAGCAGCCUGAAUUUCUCAUAUAAAAUGGAGUUAUUACCUCCAUUACAGGGGACAUCAGGGUUGAGUGAGGGCCUUUUCCAAACAGUAUAUUGUUUGGCACUUCAGUGCCGGUAAACAGUAGGUAUAAAUUGGCUUUAUUCGUUUCAUUGGGGAGAAAUUGCUAAUGCUACUGAAGUGUUGGUUUAUGGUAUGGUGUCAGUUCUCCAAAGUUGUCAAGCGAGCUCCAGCUCAUAACUGACACAGAAGAGUAACUGAUCGUUUCCCCAGAAACAAUGAGUGAGAUUAAAACGUGCUAAUAGUUAAAAAUGUUGCCUCAGGCUUUAUCUUCACCCAGCUAAGCUUCAGCUAUUCUUUAAAAAAAAAAUUUUUUUUUUUAAUGUAUAUGAUUUCUUUCAUAGAUCAGCUCAUUUUCUUGAACCGUUUUCAUUGCCUGAAAUGCUUUUUCCCCUACUUUUCACCUAGUGAGCGCCUGCAUAUCCUUAAAGGCCCAGAUCCCAUGUCUUCUUGGAAUAAACUUCCUUGGCUCUUCCAGGGAGGCUUAGUUUCUCCUUCCUAUAUAUUCCCAUACCAGUUCAUAUUAGCAACUACUUACAUAGCACUAUGGGCUGGGCACUGUUGUAAGUACUUUACAUGUGUUAACUCAUUAAAUCCUCACAGCAGCCCCAUGAGGUGGUGUAGUCAUUGUUGUUAUUAGCUCUAUUUUACAAAUGAGAAAACUGAGUAGAGCAAGCUGGGAUUUGAAACCAGGUGUGUGGCUCCAGAGUCUAUGGUCUUAUCCACUAUACUGUUAGUGCUUCCUUACUCUGUAUAGCACAUACACCUGUAACUAUUUCUUGCCCCUUGGGAGAACAAAUUCUGCCAGUACGUUAAUCCUAUUUAAGGUUAGUGUGGGCCAUGUAGUGGACACCCAAUAGAUGGGGGAUAAUUACCAGAAAAGCAAAUCUCGUGAGUCUAAAUAUCAGCCCGGCUCCUCUUUAUUAAGUGUUUGCUAUGUGUCAGAAUCAAAACAAACGUACAAGGUAUUUUAUUAUCCCCAUUUUCUAAAUAAGCAAACAUUCAGAGUUUAAUUAACAGUGGCUGGCACAGAGUAGCUAUAAAUAUUUGCUGAGCACUAGAAAGAAAGCUCUGUGAGGGCAGGGAUUUUUGGCCAUUGUUCACUGUUUUAUUCCUGGCACCUAGAAGGAGGCUGCUUGUGUGAAAGGCACUCAGUAAACAUUUGUUGAGUUAGGAUUUGAAGCCAAGUUGGGCCGGCUCCAAACCCGUGCUGUAACCACUGUGUUAUAUUUCUCCAAGAGGAUUCCUUUAGGGUUUUUACUUUACAGCUACUUCUAAGAAGGAAUCAAGACAAGAAAAAAGCAAAAGAGAUUUCUUAAGAACUAAAUCUUCUACUAAGAUGUUUAUAUUAGUUAAGACUCAUGGUUACAAGUGACAACAGCUCGACUCUAAUAAACAAAAAGAUGAAGUUAUGAUACAGUUACUGAGGUGUCUCGUCAAACUCAAGGGCAAGAAAACAUCUAGGCCCCAGGAACUAUUGGCACUACCUAAUCUUAUGCUGUGGAGCCUUUCUGUCUUUCUCUGAACAUCAACUCAUCCUCUCACUGCAAACAGGCUUUCUCUACAUGGUAGGAAACAGGGUUGCCAGUAGCUCCUAAACUUUACUUCUUACAGCUUUGACAACUGGAGAAAAAUUGUGCUGUUUUCUCUGGUUCUACGUUGAAAAGUCUCAGGGAUUCAUUAGUCCAGCUUGGGUCGAGUGCCUGUUCCAAGGCUGAGGAUGGACUCUUGAAGGAGUAGGGUAGUUCCUGUGGAAACCAAAUGGAUGGAGUGGAGGUGAUGUGAUUUCCAGAAGAAGGGUGUGGGGGUUGGUGGGAAGGAAGGGCAUGGUGGAUAGACAAAGCAGUGGGUAUCCACUGUAGAGUUACUGCCUUGCAAUCAGUAAGACAAUUUGUUUUUCCAGCAGCAGGGGUGAGCUUAUGCUAAAUCCAAAUUCCACCUGGGUAACGUGCCAUUAUCUUCAUCAUCCGGUAUCUGUAGUAGUCACUCCUUACAAAUUUACACUUCAGUAUGGUUUUGACAGAGUUAUGUAUCUCAUUAGUCCUUUCGAAGAGCCUUUGAAGUAGGCUUUACAAACGAAGAAACACAGUAUUUAAGUGGCUUACAUAUAGUCGGCAUUAGUUCAGUUGUAAGGGACUAAAAGUCAGUUUGAACUAAUUUAGCCAUAACCGAGGAUUUACUGGCUCAUGGAAUCCAAGGUAGAGUUCAGCGAACACCCUAGCCCCUCCCAAAGGGCAGGCAGAGUGCAGCUGGGCCUCAGGAACAGCUGCCCCCGGGGACUCAGACACUGCCAGCACUGUAUCUGCCCUCGUUUGUUUUUCUCUGCAUGCUGCCUUCACUUUUUUCUCCAUACAAAUCAGAUUUCUUUAAAUGAUCCUUGGAAUUCUCCACACCUAGCAUCUUAUAGCUUUUCUCCACUGCAAAGAAGUGGACCCUGAGUCCCAAUUUCAAAAAAUCUCAGGAAAGGGCUCUACUCAGCUGAAUUCUAUUGUCCACCUCUGGAUUGAGCAGCUACAGCCAGGAGAGCCAGUCAUCCAAGAACAUGGCAGCUCCCUGUUGAGCUGUAUGACUGGAAUGGAGCUGGGAGGGGAAACAGUUUCCAGAAAGGGAUUGGGGAUGGGGUUGGUUCUGAGUAGACCAAACAGUAGGUGUUCACAGCAGUGACACAGAGCAAGUAAGUGGCCGAUGAGGAGACAAGCCCAAUUCUUCUGACUACAAUUCUGUAGUACAUACUAACAACUGAGUACUUCCCGUACAAAAUGAAGGCCCUAUCUAUGCACGGAUCCUGGGAUGGUGCAUUGUCAGGUAUGAGGUUGGGUUCAGCCUUUGAGUCACCAGAAGUGGGAUGAUGAGUGUCUUAGGCUGCUUAGGCUGGGUUCUUUAGGGAAGCAAAACCAGUGAGCGUGUGUGUGUGUGUGUGUACUCACAAACCAAAAAACCAAGCCCAUUGUCCUCUAGUCAAUUCCAACUCAUAGCGGCCCUAUAAGACAGAGUAGAACUGCCCCAUGGAGUUUCCAAGGAGCAGCUAAUGGAUUCAAACUGCCGACCUUUUGGUUUGCAGCUGUAGCUCUUAACCAUAUAUAUAUAUAGAGAGAGCUUUAUCUCAAGGAGAUGGGUCAUGCAGUUGUACAGGCUGGCAGGUCCCAAGUCAAUGGGUCAGGCAUCAGGCUUGAGGCUUCUGAAACAUGUAGCUGCAGGGGCUGAUGAACCCAAGAUCCACAGGUCACACAGCAGGCUGCUGGCUCAUGGCUGCAAAAGCUGACGAAUCCAAUACCAGCAGGUAAGACAGCAGGCAGCUGGACCAAGUCCCAAGAACUGGAGAUUUGAUGCUAAAGAGCUGAAUGCAGGAUCCAGAGCAGAGCAAAAGCCAGAAGGCUUUGCCAGAAAGUCUGCGUAUAUUGGGUGCAGGCCACACCCCCAAGGAAACUCCCUUUCAACUGAUUGCCUACUCAUAGCAGAUCUCACCAUAGAGGUGAUUACAUUAUAUCAGAUCUCAUCAUGGAGGUGAUUACAUCAUUAUACUAUAGCCAAACUACUUCAUAACUGCCAAGCCACUGAGAAUCGUGGCCCAGCCAAGUUAACACACAACCUUAAUGAUCACAAUGAGCUACCUAAAAGCAAAACUUAAAAUCAUUUGGACCUCAGUGUCCUGUUACAGCUUCCUUGCUGAUAUCAAGGAGAUUGAGGGGGAAGACCUUUAUAUAAAUGUUAUUUGUGGAUUCAAAACUGUCUCUAUGUCCUGCUAGAUGUGCAUAAUGAGGCAGGAGGCAGAGUUGCUUGGAAACCAGUAGGCUCUUGACAUAGACAGCAGUGCCAGCCCCUCCUGCCCCUUAACUUUCACAGUUAGAAUCUUCAAGUGCUUUUCAGACACUAUCUUCUUGAUAGUGACACCAGUACCAUUCAUUUGUUUAAAAUGUCAGCAUGUAAAGGUGUAGAGAAUUCAGUGAUCAUCUGGUUCAGGUAUUUUCAAACUUGUUUUAGCUGUGGAAUUUUUUUUUCUCCCCCCAAAUAAAACCUUAACAUGAACCCUAAUAUAUAGAUCAAAGCAGAGCAUCUUGGGGUCUGGGUGGAGUACAUAGGUCAUCUGGUCUCUCUAAUGUGAUCUCCUCCCCUGUGGGAUGCCUUUUGAAAACAGCUGAUCUUGAUUACCCAGUAAAACCCAGUGCCCUGGAGUCGAUUCCGACUCAUAGCGACCCUAUAGGAUGAAGUAGAACUGCCCCAUGGAGUUUCCAAGGAGUGCCUGGCGGAUUCAAACUGCUGACCCUUUGGUUAGCAGCCGUAGCACUUAACCACUACGCCACCAGGGUUUCUUUUCUUGAUUAGCCACUUCAUUUGACAGAUGGAGAAAUUGAGGCCCAGAGAGGUUAAACGAGUCACAGCAACACAGCAGCAGAGCUGAGACUAGAACCCUGCUCUCCUGUCUCAGGAGUAUGUUACUUCACCUACCUAUUUUGAAUGAGCACUCCAACGAAGUAGCUUUAUUUUUCUUUAGAUACAUAGAAAAUCGAAGUUGACUAAGGCAAGAAGAAGACUUUGGGAACCCAAUCUAACAAAUACGUAAGAGUUUUGUAAUUAGGGAUGUCUGUUUAUUAACUUAUUAAACAGACUACUUACUAUCCACUAUUCUAGGUGAUAAAGAUUUAUCAGUGAACAAGACAGUUCUUGUGUUUAAGUCUUCUAGGCUACUUCAGUGUAUGUGAUAAGUGGUAAAAUAGAGGUGUUAGGGGAACACCCAUGAUUGUACCAGACCUAGUCCAGAGGAGUCAGGGAAGGCUUUCCCGAAGAAGUAGCAUCUAAGAAAACGCCAGAAAGCAUAAUGGGAGUAAGACAAGUAGGGAAGUGGUAGGAGAAAAGCCUGGAGAGGUCCGUUGGCCCUUGGCUGUAGAGGACCCUGUAAACCAUUAGAGGACUUCACCCUGAUCCUGAGAUAAUGUCAGAUGUGUGUACUAGAGAAAUCACUGGUGCAACACAAUGAAUUGGUUAGGGACAGCCUAGAGGCUGGGGGACAGUUAAGGUAUUUAGCAGGUAGAAUGUAAUUUCUAAGAUUUGGUUGAUUAAAUGUUGGUGAAAGAAGAGUUCAAGAAGAAUGAGCUUCAGUAGGGCGUUUCCAGAUAAACAGAAGUUUAAGAAAUUUAUUUAUAAAAACCAAAAUUACAAGAAAUACGGAAUUUAUAAAAACCAAAAUUACAAGAAAUACUAAAGGGAGUCCUCCAGUUAGAAAAUCAGUAACAUCAGAUAACAACCCAAGACUAGAACACAGGACAGAACAAUCAGAUAUCAACCCAGAUAGGGAAGUCACAAAAAUAAAGCUAAAAUGCUGAAAAUAGGGAAACAGAAGCAUCGAUAUAUAAAAGAUGACAACAUUAAAACAAAAAAGAGGGACUAAAAAUGUCAUAGAUCUGUAAUGUGGAGAGGAAGUCAAGGCGAUAUAAAGAAAUAAAAGAUUGGCUUAAACUUAGAAAAAUAGGAGUAAAUAUUAAGGUAACCACAAGGGAAAUUAACAAUCCUACACAUUAAAACAAAAAACAUAAAGACUCAACAAAUACAAAAUCAAUGACAAUGAAAAGAAAACACAUAAAAACUGCUCAGCACAGAAAAUUAAGUGGAACAAAGAAACUGUCAACAACACACACACAAAAAAAGACAUCAAAAUGACAGCACUAACUUCAUACCUAUCAAUAACUAUGCUGAAUGUAAAUGGACUGACUGCACCAAUAAAGGGAGAGUGGCAGAAUGGAUUAAAAAAACAAUAUUUAUCUAUAUGCUGCUUACAAGAGACACUCCUUAGACUUAAAGACACAAACAAAAACUCAAAGGAUGGGAAAAAACAUACCAAGCAAACAACAGUCAAAAAAGAGCAGAAGUGGCAAUAUUAAUUUCUGAUGAAAUAGACUUUAAAUCCACCACAAAGGAUAAACCCAACAAACAAAAAAGGACACUAUAUAAUGAUUAAAGCAUCAAUACACCUGGAAGACAUAACCAUAAUAAAUAUUUAUGCACCCAAUGACAGGGCUCCAAAAUACAUAAAACAAACUCUAAUAGCAUUGAAAAGAGAGACAGCUCCACAACAAUAGGUGACUUCAACACACCACUUUUGGUGAAAGAACAUCCAGAAAAAAAAAAGACUCGGCGCCACUGAGGCAAUUCCAACUCAUAGUAACCCAAUAGGACAGAGUAGAACUGCCCCAUACAGUUUCCAAGGAGCACCUGGUGGAUUCAAACUGUCCACCUUUCGGGCAGCAGCUGUAUCUCUUAACCAGUAUGCCACCAGGGUUGCCAAACAUCCAGAAAGAAGCUCAGUAAAGACACGGAAGAUCUAAGUGCCACAAUCAACCAACUUGACCUCAUAGACAUAUACAGAACAUUCCACCCAACAGCAGCCAAGUGUACUUUCUUUUCCAACGCACAUGGAACAUGCUCCAGAAUAGACCACAUAUUAGGCCAUAAAGCAAGCCUUAACAGAAUCCAAAGCAUUGAAAUACUACAAAGUAUCUUUUCUGACCAUACAGCCAUAAAAGUAGAAAUCAGUAACAGAAAACACAAGAAAAAAAAAUCAAACACAUGGAAACUGAACAACAACUUGCUGAAAAACUACUGGGUUAUAGAAGAAAUUAAGGACAGAGUAAAGAAAUUCACAGAAUCAAACAAAACACAAACUACCAGAACCUUUGAGACAUAGCAAAAGCAGUAUUCAGAGGUCAAUUUAUAGCAAUAAAUGCACACAUCCAAAAAGAAGAAAGGGCCCAAAUCAAAGCAUUAACCCUACAGCUCAAACAAAUAGAAAGAGAGCAGCAAAAGAAACCCUUGGAUACAAGAAGAAAGCAAAUAAUAAAAAUUAGAGCAGAAUUAAAUGAAACAGAAAAUAAAAAAAGCUAAGAAGACCAAAAGCUUGUUCUUUGAAAACAUCAAUGAAAUCGAUAAACCCUUGGCCAAACUGACUGAAGAAAAACAGGAGAGGAAGCAAAUAACCCAAAUAAGAAAUGAGUGGGCAAUAUCACCACAGAUCCAACUGAAAUUGAAAGAAUCGUAACAGAAUACUAUGAAAAAUUGUACUCAACAACAAAUUUGAAAGCCUAGAGGAAAUGGACAAAUCUCUAGAAAUACUACCUACCUAAACUAAAACAGGGGUGAGCAGCUAAAUAAACUUAUAACAAAAGAAGAGAUUAAAAAAGUAAUUUAAAAAAUCCCAACCAAAAAAAAAGAACCCUGGCCCUGAUGGCUUCACUGGAGAAUUCUACCAAACUUCCAGAGAAGAGUUAACACCACUACUACUAAAGGUAUUUCAGAGCAUAGAAAAGGAUGGAAUACUUCCAAACUCAGUCUAUGAAGCCAGCAUAACCCUGAUACCAAAACCAGGUGAAGCACCACAAAAAAAGAAAAUUACAGACCUAUAUCCCUCAUGAACAUGGAUGCAAAAAUCCUCAACAAAAUUCUAGCCAAUAGAAUUCAACAACAUAUCAAAAAAAUAAUACACCAUGACCAAGGAUUCAUACCAGGUAUGCAGGGAUGGUUCAGCAUUAGAAAAACAAUCCAUGUUAUCCAUCACAUAAAACAAAAGACAAGAACCACAUGAUCUUACCAAUUGACAAACUGCAUUCGACAAAGUCCAACAUCCAUUCAUGAUAAAAAAAACUCUCAGCAAAAUAGGACUAGAAGGGAAAUUCCUCAACAUAAUAGAGGGCAUUUACACAAAGCCAAUAGCCAACAUCAUCUAAAUGGAGAGAGUCUGAAACCAUUCCUCUUGAGAAUAGGAACCAGACAAGGAUGACCUUUAUCACCACUCUUAUUCAACAUUGUGCUGGAGGUCCUAGCCAGAGCAAUUAGGCUAGAAAAAGAAAUAAAGGGCAUCCAAAUUGGUAAGGAAGAAGUAAAAGUAUCUCUAUUUGCAGAUGAUGUGAUCUUACACACACAAAACCCCAAAGAAUUCACAGGAAAGCUACUGAAACUAAUAGAAGAUUUCAACAAAGUGUCAGGAUACAAGAUAAACAUACGAAAAUCAGGUGGAUUCCUCUACACCAACAAAGAGAACAAUAGUCCCCAGAGUACUUCCGGAAUGAAUCUAACCAGAGACAUAGAAGACAUAUACAAAGAAAACUACAAGACACUACUGCAGGAAACCGAAAGAGACCUACAUAAAUGGGAAAACAUACCUUGCUCAUGGAUAGGAAAGGUCAACGUUGUGAAAAUAUCUGUUCUACCAAAAGCGAUCUGCAGAUACAAUGCAAUCCCGAUCCAAAUUCUAAUGGCAUUUCUUAACAAGAUGGAGAAACAAAUCACCAAUUUCAUAUGGAAAGGGAAGAGGCCCGGAAUAAGUAAAGCAUUACUGAAGAAGAACAAAAUGGGAGGUCUCACUCUAUGUGAUUUUAGAACCUAUUAUACUGCCAAGGUAGUCAGAAUAGCCUGGCUCUGGUACAACAACAGAUACACAAACCAAUGGAACAGAAUUGAGAAUCCAGACAUAAAUUCAUCUACCUAUGAGCAGCUGAUAUUUGACAAAGGCCCAAAGUCCAUUAAUUUGGGAAAUGACAGUCUCUUUAACAAAUGGUGCUGGCAUAAAUGGCUACCCAUCUGCAAAAAAAUGAAACAAGACCAAUACUUCACACCACACACAAAAACUAACUCAAAAUGGAUAAGAGACCUAAAUAUAAAAUCUAAAACGAUAAAGAUCAUGGAAGAAAAAAUAGGGACAACGCUAGGAGCCCUAAUACAUGGCAUAAAUAGAAUACAAAAUAUUACUAACAAUGAAGAAACACCAGAAGAGAAACUAGAUAACUGGGAGCUCCUAAAAAUGAAACACACUCAUCCAAAGACUUCACCAGAAGAGUAAAAAGAUUACCUACACACUGGGAAAAAUUUUUUGGCUAUGACAAAUCUGAUCAGCAUCUAAUCUCUAAAUCUACAAGAUACUGCAAAACCUCAACAACAAAAAGACAAAUAACCCAAUUGAAAAAUGGGCAAAGGAUAUGAACAGGCACUUCACCAAAGAAGACAUUCAGGCUGCUACCAGACAUAUGAGGAAAUGCUCACAAUCGUUAGCCAUUAGAGAAAUGCAGACCAAAACUACAAUGAGGUACCAUCUCACCCCAACAAGGCUAGCAUUAAUCCAAAAAACACAAAAUAAUAAAUGUUGGAGAGGUUGUGGAGAGACUGGAACACUUAAUACAGUGCUGGUGGGAACCACUUUGGAAAUUUAUUUGGAGCUUCCUUAUAUAGCUAGAAAUAGAAAUACCGUAGGGUUCAGCAAUCGCACUCCUUGGGAUAUAUCCUACAGAAAUAAGAGCCAUUACAUGAAUAGAUACAUGCACACCCAUGUUCAUUGCAGCACUGUUCACAAUAGCAAAAAGAUGGAAACAACCUAGGUGCCCAUCAACGAAGGAACAGAUAAAUUAUGGUAUAUUCUUCACUUUCAGAUAAAAUAUGGUAUAUUCAAUACUAAGCAACGAUAAAGAAUAACAAUGAAUCUUCAAAACAUAACGGAUGAAUUUGAAAGGCAUUAUGCUGGGUGAAAUUAGUCACAAAAGGACGAAUAUUAUAUGAGACUACUAUUAUAAGAACUCAAGAAAAGGUUUAAACACAGAAGAAAACAUUCUUUGAUGGUUAUGAGCGUGGGGAGAGAGGAAUAGGGAUAUUCACUAACUAGAUAGUAGAAAAGAAUUAUCUUAGGUGAAGGGAAGGACAACACACAAUACAGGGAAGUCAGCACAACCGGACUAAACCAAAACCCAAGAAGUUUCCUGAAUAUAACCAAACACUGUGAGGGACAGAGUAGCAGGAGCGGGGAUCUGGGGACCAUGGUUUCAGGGGACAUCUAGGUCAACUGGCAUAACAAAGUUUAUUAAAAAAAUGUUCUGCAUCCCAUUUUGGUGAGUGGUGCCCGGGGUAUUAAAAGCUAGCACAUGGCCAUCAUUGGUUCCAACCCAUCUGGUACAAAGGAGAACGAAGAACACCAAAGACACAAGGUAAAUAUUAGCCUAAGAGACAAAAGGGCCACAUAAACCAGAGACUUCAUCAGCCUGAGACCAGAAGAACUAGAUGGUGCCCAGCUACCAUCAGUGACCGCCCUGAUAGGGAACACAACAGAGACCUCCUGACGGAGUAGGAUUAAAGUGGGGUGCAGAACUCAAUUCUAGUGAAAAGACCAGACUUAAUGGUCUGACUGAGACCGGAAGGACUCUGGAAGACAUGGCCUCCAGACUCUGUUAGCCCCAAACUGAAACCAUUCCCGAAGCCAACUCUUCAGACAAAGACUAGACUGGACUUUGUUGUUGUUAGGUGCCAUCGAGCUGGUUCCGACUCAUAGCAGCCCUAUGCAUAACAGAACGAAACACUGCCAGGUCCUGCGCCAUCCUUACAACCAUUGUUAUACUUGAGCUCAUUGUUGCAGCCACUGUGUCAAUCCACCUCGUUCAGAGUCUUCCUCUUUUUCGCUGACCCUCUAUUUUACCAAGCACGACGUGCUUCUCCAGGGACUGAUCCCUCCUAACAACACGUUCAAAGUAUGUAAGACGCAGUCUCACCAUCCUUGCCUCUAAGGAGCAUUCUGGCCGCACUUCUUCCAAGACAGAUUUGUUCGUUCUUUUGGCAGUCCAUGGUAUAUUCAAUAUGCUUCGGCUUCGCCAACACCACAAUUCAAAACCGUCAACUCUUCUUCGGUCCUCCUUAUUCAUUGUCCAGCUUUCACAUGCAUAUGAUGCGAUUGAAAGUACCAUGGCUUGGAUCAGGCGAACCUUAGUCUUCAGAAUGACGUCUUUGCUCUUCAACACUUUGAAGAGGUCCUUUGCAGCAGAUUUGCCCGAUGCAGUGCGUCUUUUGAUUUCUGGACUGCUGCUUCCAUGGCUGUUGAUUGUGGAUUCAAGUAAAAUGAAACCCUGGACAACUUCAAUCUUUUCUCCAUUUACCAUGAUGUUGCUUAUUGGUCCAGUUGUGAGGAUUUUUGUUUUCUUUAUGUUGAGGUGUAAUCCAUACUGAAGGCUGUGGCCUUUGAUCUUCAUUAGUAAGUGCUUCAGGUCCUCUUCACUUUCAGCAAGCAAGAUCGUGUCAUCUGCAUAACGCAGGUUGUUAAUGAGUCUUCCUCCAAUCCUGAUGCCCCGUUCUUCUUCAUAUAGUCCAGCUUCUCAGAUUAUUUGUUCAGCAUACAGAUUAAAUAGGUAUGGUGAAAGAAUAGAACUCUGACGCACACCUUUCCUGACUUUAAACCAAUCAGUAUCCCCUUGUUCUGUCCAAACAACUGCCUCUUCAUCUAUAUAAAGGUUCCUCGUGAGCACAAUUAAGUGUUCUGGAAUUCCCAUUCUUCGCAGUGUUAUCCAUAGUUUGUUAUGAUCCACACAGUUGAAUGCCUUUGCAUAGUCCAUAAAACACAGGUAAACAUCCUUCUGGUCUUCUCUGCUUUCAGCCAGCAUCCAUCUGACAUCAGCAAUGAUAUCCCUGGUUCCACGUCCUCUUCUGAAACUGGCCUGAAUUUCUGGCAGUUCCCUGUCGAUAUACUGCU